AUGUCAGAUGUGUCACACACUAGUGAAGUUAUAUAUGAGCUGGUUGAUAAGGCAAUUGAGGAUGUUGGUGCUGAAAAUGUGGUGCAAAUUGUGAUAGAUAAUGCUUCUAACAACAUGGGAGCAAAGACAUUGUUGAGCCUUAAGAGACCAAACAUAUUUUGGACUUCUUGUGCAACUCAUACUGUCAAUUUGAUGCUGCAAGGUAUUGGCAACCUUCCAAAGUUCAAGAAAACAAUUGAUCUUGCGAAAUCAUUCACUAUCUUUGUCUAUGGUCACCACCGAACUUUGGCAUGCUUAAGGUCCUUCACCUUGAAGAGAGAAAUCAUUAGGCCAGGGGUAACUAGAUUUGCUACAACCUAUCUUACAUUGCAAAGUAUGAUGGAAAAGAAAGAUUGUCUGAGAAAGAUGGUGGUUGAUUCAAAGUGGUAUGACUUACCUGAUGUGAAGUCCAAGAAGGGCAAGGAUGCUAUAGCUACGGUGUUGAACAUUAAUUUUUGGAGAGAUGUGUCCCUUUGUUUGAAGGUGUUUGAGCCCUUGGUGAAAGUGCUACGCUUAGUUGAUGGGGAUGUGAAGCCAUCUAUGGGUUAUGUGUACGGAGAACUUCUCAAGGCAAAGAGGGAGAUAAAGGAGGCAUUUAGAAAUGUGGAAAAGAACUACAAAGAAGUCAUGGCUAUUGUUGACAAGAAAAUGAAGGGUAGGCUUGAUUCUCCAACUCAUGUGGCUACAUAUAUGCUGAAUCCCUACUACAGUUAUAGCAAUGUAGCAAUAUUCUCUGAUCCAACUGUGGUUGAAAAAUUCAUGCAAUGUGUGGAAACCUUUUAUUAUGGUGAUGAUGAUAAGGAAUAUAGGACUGUUAAUGAGGACUUGGAGAAAUUCCAAAAGAGACAAGGAAACUUCUCAAAAAGAUGGCAAAAGAGCUGUGAACGCUUUGAGUUCAAUCCGGCAUCUUGGUGGAGGCUUUAUGGAGGUGGAACACCAGAUUUGCAAAGAAUGGUUAUUAGAAUCCUCUCACUGACUUCUAGCGCUUCUGGAUGUGAAAGGAAUUGGAGCACUUUUGAACAGAAGGAGAAGAUCGCUAGAAAGAGUAACUAUGAAGUGCUUCUAAGUAAUGAUGCUUCUGAAGCUCAAGGAUUCUUCUUUGAUGGCGGGGAUGAUAAUGCAUUGGUUGUGUUUAGAGAUGAGGAAGAUGAGGGAGAAAUGCCGGGUACCGGGAUACCAUGGAGUGUCCUUGGAGAAGCAAUGGGAACUAAUGAACAGCUCCAACCUCGUAGGAGUGCAAGAGUGGCUAGAAAGGUGGAUGAAGAAGAGUGGGAAUCUGAAUCGGAUGAUCCUGAUUAUCAAGAUGACAUUGACUAUGAAGAUGAGGAGGAUGAAGAAGCAAUUCUAAACUCCACCACAUUUGCGGAGUAA